CUCAUAAUGAACGCAGGCCGCCUUUUUGUGGUAACUGGAAGAAUGCUGAUUUCCUUUGGGAUUCUAAGCAUCGUCUCUGGAAUUAUUGCCUUCUUCCCUGUUUUUUCCUAUAAACCGUGGUUUGCCGGGUGGAGUGUCCGCAUUGCUUCUCCCAUCUGGAGUGGAGCUUUGGCUGUUAUUGCAGGUGUACUCGUUGCUCUGGCUGAAAAACAAUGGACCCAGAGAUACCUGUGGGAAGCCGCUUUCACCUUUGGCAUCUUGAACAUCAUCAGCUCACCGGUUCAAGGUGCCAUCGCCUUUGCAUCCCUCCUUCUUGGACCUUAUUGCUACUACUCUUUCGCCGGAGUUUCGGGUACAAACUACCUCGGUUAUGCUGUCCUUUUGCCCUUUCCUUACGGCAAGUUUGCUUCCGUGUGCAAGGACCCCGCAGGCUAUGAGUGGUACCACCUGGCGCUGCAGAUGCUAGACAUUUGCUCCAGUCUUGCCAUGUUCUCUGCAUCCUUGGCCAUUGUGAUCAAACUCGCAGCAAGACUGCUCCAGUUUGGACACUUAAAUGGAGAAGCCAACAAGCAAAGACAACUGGGCUGAGCUGCCACAUCACAUGGGUUUCAGGCUGCAUUUAUAGCCUGGAGGACGUCAGGGGCUGCCAGCAUU